GUUCUGGGUCCCCAGGGACAGAGGCCCUCGGUGGGCCCCUUGUUAGCGCUGGAGUAAAUUUCCCCAAUGCAGACUUCUCUUUUCGGUCAUGAAAUCAUGAUCAAAUGAAGCCUAAAAGAAGAAACACUAGAAGAUUGGGAACGUUCUGAGAUAAUUAUAUGAGAAUCAAGUGACUUCAGAAAGACAGCAGGUUUUCAUCUCGCCUGACCUUUCCUCCUGCAAUCCGAAAGAACUAGACGCAACUCCUGCACAUAAGCUGAAAAAUGCCCGUCAAAUAGCCCCUCAUUAUAGUUAACCACCGAUGACAUUCCCCAUCAGAUUAGGCGUCUAUGUUACCUCGCGGUGGGAGCCCGUUUGGGACGGGGAGAGGUAAAAACCCUGCACAGGAAGUAGCUUAACCAGCACAAAAGCCCCCUGACAAACACACACAUGGAAAUAAAUUCAUCUCAGCCUCGGGUUACCCAGGAUUUGCAUGUGAGGCAUGUCUGGGCAGCGCUGGCUGAGUUAUCUCUUUCAUGCCUUGAGUCUGAUUUUCUGGGUGUGAAGUCGGCAGACGAGCCAGGAAAUGUCAUUGUGGAGCAAGGGAGCUGGAGAUGCGGUGGCAGCUGUCAGUCCAGGGCGGGUAGCGCGGGAAGGCGUCUGACGCGUCCUGGGCACUCUGUUGCCCUGGGGUGUGUUUGGUGCUGGCUACUUGUGAUCCGUGUUUUCUUGGAUGCAGGGUGGUUGAGGUGCAGCAAUUUUGCAGUGAAACUGAAGUCCAACCGCUUCAACAGAAAUGGCCUCGUCUCACGGACACUUUAACAAAGUCCUGGCCCUUGGUCGUGCAGUCCAGGGGACUAGAUGGCAUGCUGGACCCAAACUCAGCUCAGCGUCCGGACCCAAUAACGGUUUUUCCAAGGGAGCAGCUUUCUGUCCUGGCCACAUUGAGGUGCUCAGCGUAAUGUCCAUGUUGUUCUACACUCUGAUCACAGCUCUUCUGAUCGGCACACAGGCAGAACCGCGCGCAGAGCGCCAUGUCCCAGCAGGACACGCCGGCCCCCAAGCCCACUGGACUAAACUUCAGCAUUCCCUCGACACGGCCCUCCGCAGAGUCCGCAGCGUCCCGGCCAGUGCAAUAGCAGCCAGGGUGGCCGGGCAGACCGGCAACAUCACUGUGGACCCCAAACUUUUCAAAAAGCGGCGACUGCGCUCCCCCCGCGUGCUGUUCAGCACGCAGCCCCCACCGGUGGCCGUCGACCCUCAGGACCUGGACUUUGAGGCCGGCGACGCCGCCUCCUUCAACAGGACUCACAGGAGCAAGCGAUCGGCGCCACCACUGCCGUCCCACCCCAUCUACCACCGCGGGGAGUUCUCGGUGUGCGACAGCGUCAGCGUGUGGGUGGGAGACAAGGCCACCGCCACGGACAUCAAGGGCAAGGAGGUGAUGGUGUUGGGCGAGGUGAACAUUAACAACAGUGUGUUCAAGCAGUACUUUUUCGAGACCAAGUGCCGGAACCCCAAUCCCGUGGACAGCGGGUGCCGGGGCAUCGACUCCAAGCACUGGAACUCCUAUUGCACCACGACUCACACCUUCGUCAAGGCGCUCACCAUGGUAGGCAAGCAGGCCGCCUGGAGGUUUAUCCGGAUCGACACGGCCUGCGUGUGUGUGCUCAGCCGCAAGACUGGGAGGCGAACCUGACCUGCAGGCCAGCCCCCUUCCCGCCCCUCCACACUCUCCUGGGCCCCUCCCUACCUCAACCUGUAAAUUAUUUUAAAUUAUAAGGGCUGCAUGGUAAUUUAUAGUUUAUACAGUUUUAAAAAUCAUUAUUUAUUAAAUUUUUGGAAGCA